UCGCGUCGGGCUGUUUCAGUUUUCAGGCGAGUGCCGUACCGCGCGGAUGCUUCGUCGAUCUUAAACAAUAUCAACGUGCAACUAUUUUUGUUUAUGAAAUAAACGUCUUAGCGUCAGUUUAACCCGAACAUUUCUCCCGGUUACAGUGAAAUAGAGAAGUUUGAUUCGACACCUUUUGGAGGAUUUCUAGUAUCUUUUUUUUUCUCUCUCGAGAAACUCUGUCCUAGUUUUCGGCAAGCUUUCCGGGUGUUUCGAGGGACUGCACAUUUUUACUGUCGCGAGAGUCGAUACGGGAGGGGUCUCUCGCCUCUGGAAAAUUUAUCGUUGGAUUUAUCUGGGAGAGUAACCGUGUGGAUAUUUUUGGGGGAUUUUUUUCGAGUGACCUCAAUUCGUAAGGUGAUAAGUGACAGUGACAGUGGAUUGAUUCAGUGAAUGUGGUUUUAGUUUUAUGGUUUUAUGUUGAUAACUGGUGGAUGGUAUACGGAUUAUUUUAGUGGCGAUUUCGAUCGAAACGUUGGACUUCUUCUGCUGGAUCGUCUGGAGAAUUGAAGCUUUCUUCCAAGUGAUGCUGAGUGUGUAACAUAAAAGCCAACGAGCAAAAUGAAUGCCUUUGUGGGAUACCGUCUCAUUUUGGCCCUUCUACCUCUUGUGAACGUUGUCACGUCCCUCGAGUGGAAGAAUAGCGCUGUGUUGGACAACAACUUCCUGGUACUCUGGACACCAGGAGACAGAGACAUUGUAUUCGAGGUGCAAGUUAAGACCCAGGGGUACGUGGGUCUUGGCUUCACGAGGGACGACAGGCAUGUCGGUGCUGACAUGGUCAUCGGUUGGGUGGAUAACAACGGCCAGGUUCAUCUUCAGGACCGACACGUGAAGGACUCGAACAAAGAUCCCCAGAUGGACUCGAGUCAGGACUACUACCUGCUGUUGGGAUACGAGAACAAGACUCAUACUGUUCUGCGAUUCACUCGUUCUUACGACACGUGCGACCCACGGGAUCUCAAGAUCACUAAUGAUACGAUGCAGGUGGUCUGGCAGUACCACGUGGAGGAGCCAGUGUCAGCUGCUGGUGUAUUGCCACCUCAUGGGGCAGUUCGUGGCUCUCGUCCACUGUACCUCGUUCAAAGGGACUCACCCCCAAAACGCACUUCACGAAAUCAAGAGGUACCCGCAGUUAAAACGUGGGACGUGUUAAAUCAACAGGUCAAAUUACCGAUGGAACAGGACACUCUGCUGUGGUGCCGAGUCGUUGAGAUGCCUCAGUUGGAUCGCAAACACCACGUCAUAAAGUAUGAGCCAGUUAUCCAACCGGGUAAUCAGCAGUACCUGCAUCACAUGACGCUGUACGAGUGUCGCGGUAAGGAGUACGACUUGGAGGAGGCAGCCGCAUCAAAUGGCACAGUGUGCUAUCAGCCAGACCAUCCAUCACUGCUCUGCACCUCGAUAGCAGCGACCUGGAACCUUGGAUCUGAGGGCUUCAAUUAUCCACCAGAAGCUGGAUACGCCCUUGAUCCAGACUCUGGGCCCCGCUAUUACAUGCUGGAGACGCACUACACGAAUCCCUUGCUGGACAACUUUAUAACUGACAGUUCAGGAUUGAGACUGGUGUACACCAAUCAACUUCGUACUCACGACGCUGGUAUUCUCAGUGUUGGCAUCGAUCCUAACUGGCGUCACAUAAUACCACCAGGACAGCGGGAGGUUGUCUCAGAGGGUCACUGUGUAACAGACUGCACUGGUCAGACGAUCCCUGAGAGCGGGGUCAAUAUGUUUGCCGUUAUAAUGCACACACAUCAGCUCGGUAGAAAGGUCAGGCUCAGGCAAAUACGAGCCGGUGAGGAACUUCCACCGAUUGCAUCCGAUACCAAUUAUGAUCCGAAUUAUCAGGAGUACAGGAGAUUGCAGCGACCCGCUAAAGUUUAUCCGGGAGAUCAUCUAGUGGCUGAAUGUACAUACUCAUCCGAGAGUAGACAGACAAUCACUCUGGGUGGUCUAACAACACGUGAGGAAUCCUGUCUGGUAUCAGCACUGUAUUAUCCACGGAUCGAGCUAUCGCUAUGCUACUCACUACCCUCAUUACCAACAGUCCUCCAGAGCCUGGGAAUUCAGAAGCUCAAGCAGGGAGCAACUCCGGUUAUAAUAGAAGCACCGGCGGAUCUAGCUGGGAUGACCCUAGAAGAGCGAUUGAUGCGUUACAACUGGGAGACGAGUUUCCAAAGUUUUCAAGAGGCAACUCAUCGUGGUACGUUUAAGCCACUCUGUUGGAAUCGAAAAGGUGAACUUCUCCCUAAUACCGAUGUACAGGAAGCUCAUUAUCCACGUAUAUUGCGCCCGUACAAGGAAACAAUGAUGCCAUGUGCUAAAAAAACACCGCGAAAUAAGUUAUCGCGUUUGUUCGGUGAGGAUGGUGAUCUUCCUGCACCAGUUGAUCCAGACAGUGAUGAGGCUAAUGCCGUUGAGAGGGGCCAAUUGGUACGUAGCAAAGUGUCACGUAGUAGUGAGGGUCCCGUUGCCGGAAGUUCCGGUGUUACGAGAGCGCCAGUUGUUCUUGUACUCGCUAUCAUUGUCGCAGCAUUCAGAUGAACAUUAUAAAUGUGUUCGUGAGGGAAGUGACUGUUGAGUGCACAAAACACUGUGUUGUCUGGUGUUGCGAUAUAAUAUGGAGGGAAAGGGAUGGAAAAUUGCGGAAAAAAAAACAAAAAAAAUAUAUGAAUUGUGUGACAAAUUUCCUCCACGCGGGCUCAUGUGCAAUCUAUCACGCUAAUUUAAAUGCGUACAUCCUAAAUAAUGAGAUCGUGGCUGAAAACAAGUGGUGUAAGUUGUGAAUAUGUUAUGACGUAUUUAACACGUACGCUUUAUAUUUCUUGGCCGCUCUCAUUCGACGUUUACAGUCCGUCGGGAAUACGGGGACGUUGAAUAUCUCUCGAUUUGAAUAUUUUAUUUUGCGCCAAUGCAGAUGACUAUUUAAUUUGAAAUUUCUUGUUGAGACUUUCAUCCACUUUUUCAAGUGGAGGAGUAUUAUACGAUUUAUCGGUAAGUUACCUUGUUGCAAGGUAGAAUUUUUAUAGCUUCGACGGUAAUUUUGAGAAUGAUUGAGUGUGGAGUGGAGGUAAAUGUUGGCUGUUUAUGCGCGGUCAGGGAUUCGGCGGGGCCGAUGGUUAAUGCAAAUGGUGAAUAUCUCACGUGAAAAAUAUUAGAGGGUAUUUAUAUUAAAUAGUAAAUCACUAUCACGUUUUAGCUGUUCGUUUUUCGUGGUUUAAAUACACGCAAGCACAGCUCGGCCAUUUCUAUUGCUUUUAAAUGGCCGGUAUCGCGCUGACUCGGCGAGACAAGUUUAUAACACGGGUUUUUCAAAACGAUAUCGUCCCUUGCACGGCUCCCUGCGCAAAUUUUGUAUAUUUUGUUAAUUAGAUUAUUAUCGAUAUCGUGUUUUUUUUUUGAGAGGUAUGCACAAGUAUGGGUCGAUUUGUGGGAUUUAUUGGACGGAUAAUGGGGUGGAUUAUCACUGUCGAUUACUCGUUUUGUUCCAAAAAACAUCAAUGGGAUUCCCCCUUUUAUCUGGGUACCGUAACUUGACCCACACUUGUACCACCAUUUUUGUAACAUUUUGUACAGCUUAUUCUAUAUGAAAUUAUAUAAUUAUUUCUGGUUAUACCAGUGACGAGUGGGGAUAUGAAUGGCGUGAACAAUUAUUUAUUUUUUUAUUUGAUGAUUCUUGUGUAGAGUCAUUCCUUUGGGCGUUAAAUUAUUAUUUUCAAUUAUCAGUUUCACUUGGUUAUUCGAGUUAAACUCGUCCAUAUUACUCUGUUAUCCUCCAUCGACAGACAAAUUAAAUAUCUAUUCGCAUCUGUACACACAGAUAAAAGCACAAUUUGUGGAUGAAUCCCUUCGCGCACAAUAUUUCGUGGCUGAAUUAUUCCUGAAAAUCGAUUUCUCUUUAGCGAAUCCCCCAGCGCAACUAGAUUUACCUUUAUUUUUCCUUAUUCAGUUUUUUACGUUCAAGUACUCCCUGUUUAACCAAAGGCUUUGCGCCUGUAGUAAUGAGCUUUUAACGAUUUGGACGACAAGAACGGAAAUAACAGUGAAUAAAAAAAAACGAGAAAAACACAAAGAGAAUAAAAUGGCCAGCGAGUAUUCUAGUCUGGCAGAUGUAAUUUUUUUUUUCUUUCAUUUUCUUAGCAUCCACCAACUUUUUCAACGUUAGGACCAGCCAAAACAACACGGAUACAUUAACAUUGUCAAAAUGAUAAUUCACAUCUGCGAUUUCACUACUGAAUUCUAUACCUGAAACUAUGACAAAUUAAUUUAUCUCGAUGAAAAAAAAAAUGGAAUGAAAGAAAUUUGAGAGAAAAACAUAACGAUUUCUGUAGUCGAUAAUUCAAUAUAACUAAAGAAUCCAGUAGAACAUAUUUUACAAUUUAAUACGAUUAUUCGUAAAUGUCAUAGGGAUCUGUGUGUGUAGUGCCGUAGGGCAGCCAACUUAUCUAACGAAAAAAUAAAAAUAAAUUAACAAAAAAUACAAAAAAAUCAUUAAGAGUAAAAGAAUAAUAUAAAUUGAUUACGAGAUUUUAUUGGGAAAUCGUUUGUCGUCGAUAUCGCUGUGGGAAAAAAAAACCGUCAAUACUGCCGAUAUGGCUUCAGAAAAUUCAACAAUUCAAUCGACUACUGACGACUGGUCGCGAAUACUCUGGGCAUCGAAUUUAAUCCAGCAAUCAUGGGGGGGAUAGAGGGAAGUGAAUUGGUAUGUGGGUGCGAGACAAAUCGCAUCAAAAGCUGACAGUACUGCGUGUAAUAUAAUUAUCAACUCGUUGUUAUCGUCCUGAACCCGCACGGAUUUCCGAUUUCCCGUGUGCACGGGCCGAAAACACGCAGCAGCAGGAGGGGGUGUUGUAGUGAGGAUUGAAAGUUCCAGGUUUUGGGGGGAGAGAGUUGGACAGUUAAUAGCGAUUCGUUUUGGCGUAACUAGCAAUCGAUUUGACCAACGCAAAACUCAAUUAUAGCCGCUGUACGUUCAAUUCUGGUAUUUGUAACAUUUAUGAUUUUCCAAAAAAAAAAGAACACAGAAUGAUGAGUCGCGUAAAACACGAGGGAUUAUUUAACCACAGGAUAUAGUCAUAAUCCUAGGACAUAGAUUUUUUUUUUUUGUGAAAAAACUGAGAGAUGCGAGGAUUAUAGUUGAUAAUGAACAGAUAUCGAUGCAUUUGCGACGAAAGCCGAUUGAAAUCGACGUGAGGUGGAAUGCCCUUAUUGCGAGGCUAGGAAGGGAUUAUUUUGAGUAAAAAAAAUUAAAAUGUGAAACUGCCGGUGAUAUGUAUCAGAACAAUCAGCAAAAUAUGAGGCGCGUUAUUCUCGCGAAAUAUUAAAUGGAAAAUAAAAUGAUGUUAGGUAGAUUUGAGAGGAAUUUCAGAGUGGAAAAUAUCACGGAUUUAUAUUUGACGAUCUUGCAUCAUGUGUAUGUUAGUUAUUCUCAAACAAUGAGUGUAAAUCGUAGUUUAACCACAAUAUCAAUCCACUUGACCCGGUAACUGAUAGAGAAAAAAAUCCCUAUAAAUAAAGCUUUUUUUUUCGAGGACUGCCAUUGACUGGUGGUUGACUGUUGGUUUUCAAGUACCAUCGAUAUUUUCCAGGAAUGAAAACAGUGUAUUGAGAGGAAAUAAACUCGUCGAUUGGUAUUGUGGUUACUCUACGUAAAUAACGAAAAAAAAAAUAUAUAUAUAUAUAUGAAAAGCCACUGACUUUGUAUGUACUGUAUGUAGAGGAUUCAAGGAACAUUGGAUGCAAACGUCUCUCACUCGAAUGCGGGAGAAUGAGUAGAAUGUGUGUACAUAGAGAGAAAAUAAUAAUAAUGAGAAAUUGUAUAUAGCUUUAAUAUUAUGUAGAAUCCAUCGUCAGAGACAAUGGCAGGCUUUUGAAUACCUAUUAAUUUAAGUAGAUAGGUAUUUUGAAGGAUAAAAGCGAGUUAACAUGAUGAAAUAUGUGAAGAUGUGUCGUUUAGGCGUUAUUCAUUUACAUGUAUUGUCCGCCGCCCUCGAGUCCUUAUGACAGCUCUUCGAAAUCUUCGUACUACCUGCCCACGCCAUAUUCAACGAUGAAAAUGAAAGAUUAUGAAAAACUGGAGAAUAACCCAACGCUACACUAUCAACUACA